GCCGGAGGUGAUGGAGUUCUCCAGCCAGACGUCGGCUGGCUCGCUGGGGGCGUCGCCGCAGCAGAGGGACGUCCCUGACAGCGAGUCCUUCGACCAGGAUGAGCUCACGUCACACCUGCAAGAGCUGCCUCACAGAUGCCGCGGCGCGAGUCCCGCACCGGCCUGUUCAACGGCCUGUACACCAGCCUGUCCGCCGCCACCAAGCUGCGCCUCGUACACCAGCUUUCCGUGGACGAGACGCGCAGCACCGUGUACGCCGACCUGGCCGCACUGGCCAACGCGCCUGACCUCACGGGGGCGCCGCCCCUGCCCUACACGGCAGAUCUCACGCCCCUCAAGCCUGCUGAGAAGCGACGCAGGUUCUUCCAGCGCAAGCAGACCAACUCAGCGCCGGACAGCUUCGACGGGAACCUGCCGGGGCGCCGCGGCCCUGCCGUGUCCUACUGCCUGGACUCUGCCCUCAAGGUGCCCACGCUGCUGCCCUGGACCAAUGCAGGUUUGGUGCAAGGGCGCGAUGGAGGACGAGGAGGAGCAGGAUACAUGAACUUACCUUCCCCUAAUGUAGCAGCAGAGGACAACGAGCAUCAGAACCUCUUCCGGGGCGGCGAGGGGGGGGAAGCGUCAGAUUCAGACAACGGGGAGGACGAAGCAGGGCCGCCCGCCUCAGCGCUCACCAGGAGACGCGCACUUGUCCCGCCCAAACUGCUCACCGAUACUGCGAAUUACGAUACUCACGAACCUCCAUCCACGCCUGUCAAUGGGUGUCAAGAUUCCAAUGUGACGAGAAACAAAAGAAGAUCAAGUAUUGUGGUGAUUCCCCCCAUGCAGGUGUGCCCAGGUGACCUUCUCGUCUACUCCAAGGUGCUCACGCAGAGGACAAAUCUAAUUGCCGGUGACCUGGAUGGCUCCACUCAAUCCCUCGCUGUCACGGAAGCAGAUCCGGUGGGAAACAGAAAGGGCAAAAAUACCUGGUCCUUGCUGAGACUCUUCGACCGUUCCAACCGCACCAAGUCUGAGUCGCUGUGUGGCCUCGAGGAAGUGCUGAGUUGUCUGCAGCCCAGCGAGUUCGAGGACGAGCAGCUGUCAAGAUAUAAAGGCAUGUGUUGGACAGACUUCGUGUCGUACAAGGAGGGCGGGCACCAGGGAGACUCACCCACCAAGGAGGGAGAGGUGACGAGCAGCCCGCCCAUGGUAGCCCUCAACGACCGCGCCCUGCUCAUCACCCCCGCCAAGCCUGAAACGCGGCCUGAGCGACUGGAGCGGCAUGACCAGGUAAUGGCGCUCACCUGCCUGGAUAGUGAGGUGCCGCUCGUGCCCCGCCGCCGCCACCCGAUGACCAUAAUGAGGACGAUGAGUGAACGCUCCCUGGACAGAGGACGCUCCGGCUUCCUAAACAUGCUCAGUGAACGUGUGCACCACUCUGAACGUGCGUCAAUGAGGGCGUUCAACAAGUCGGUUCUAAGUGGCAGUCCUUUUAGUAGUUUUAAAAGCUCGAACAACACGACCACAGUUACCACCACCGCCACCACCACAGCCACCACCACCUCCACUACCUCCUCCGUCACCUCGCCCUGCACUACGGAGAUGGCCAGCGUGGAGAGGGCGUUGGAGGCUGCCAGGGAGAACGUGCGGGCGUCACUCAACAAGACAGAGACCAAGAGGCGAGAGGCGGUGUGGGACUUAUUUCAAUCAGAGUGCGCCUUUCUCUACGAUCACCUCAUGGUCCUCAAAAACGUGUACAUGGAGCCGCUUAAGAAGAUCCAGGUGGACGGGUACGCUAUGUUUGCUGAGCCUGAGCUGCUGUUUGGUAACCUGGACGAAUUAUGCUGUGUAACGUACGCCUUCUGCAAAGAGUUCAUUAACCUCCUGGAGCAGCAGCAGACACCGGUGGGGCAGCUGGACACCACUAAUGUCCUUGUGAGGCUUUUCCAGAAGGGCAGUAAGGCGGUGAUGCUGUGCCAAGCCUACCACCGCUACGCCCUUAACUACAUCAACGCCUUGAAUUACCUGGAAACAUUACGAAGACAGCUGGAAUUCUGCGAGUUUGAGAAGUGGUGUAACAGAGACCCACGGUGUAAGAAGCUACAACUGACGGAUUUGCUGGUGGCGCCCGUACAGCACAUCAUGAAGGUGCCGCUAAUACUACGAGACAUCGAGGCGAGGACGGAGGAGCCACAAGAGCGAGCCGUGGUGCGAGAAAUCAUAGAAGCUGAGGAACAUUCUCUUAGGGAACUCGAUGACAAGAUGAAGUGGCUGAAGAACUUCGAGCGCCUUCUUGAGAUUCAGAGGAACAUCUUCUGGCCGCCUGUCACCGAGCUCGAUCCCAAAGUGUACAUCCCGGAGUUCCUCAAGGGAGCUAUUUCAAGACAACCCUGCGAGCGCCUUAUUGUGUCCCCGCGCCGUCAGAUCAUCCUGGAGGGGUCUCUGCACAUGCUGGAUCACAACAAGCCCCAAGAAAUGUACGUGAUUCUCUUCGAUGACAUGCUGCUCAUCACGAGAAGGAAGAAAGGACUCCAUAAGAAGAAAUCCUCCCUCACGGAAAACUGGCCGAGUUCUUGUUCCCGGGCGUCCAGUGGCGGCGACUCGGCUCUAAGGUAUAUUGUGUACAAGCAGCCACUGUCACUCGAUCGCUUCUUCAUACACGACGUGACACCCCAUGAGUCCGCGGCGUCCAAGCUCGAGGCAGCGUUCGUGUUGGUCAACCUGAAUCGCUUCCAGCAGAUUGUGACUGUGUGUACCUUCCAAGCGCAGACUGAACAGAUUAAGCAAACAUGGCUCUCAAAACUCCGAGACACGCAAGACAAGUGGAAGAGAACACUGCAGAACACAGUCUUCAGGUCCCAGCGCCUCCCCUCCUCGGCCACCACGCCUCCCAAGGGCACGCAACUACUGAGGGACGCCAGCAUUAACAGAGAGUACCCUUAAAGAAAACGAGAUGGGGUUGGCUGGGUGAUAGAAAAUGUGAUGUCUUGAAGCUGUGUCUACGUUAAUUUCUUGUGGGCCCCCUUUUGGAAAUACGUGUUUGUUCGUGUGUGUGUGUGCGUGUGCGUGUGCGUGUGUGUUCUGUUUUCUACUUAUAGUGUAAACGGUGUAGCUUUGCGCACUUAUGUGUUACUACAGUGCGUGCGUGUGUGUGUGUAUGUGUGUGUGUGUGUGUGUGUGUGUGUGUGUGUGUGUGUGUGUGUGUGUGUGUGUGUACAAGUUGUUUUACGUAUACAUUUCAAGUUCCUGUCGUGUAUACAUAGAAAGAUAUAUACAUGGAAGAUUAUGAGGUGAAAUAUACGUACACAUUGAAGUAUGCAUGCUGGGAAUGUGUACAGAGAUCAUGUAUACCCCGGAAAGUAUACACAGAAUAUACAUACUGCGGAAACUCCUUAUCGUUCGUGUGCGUUCAUGUAUACUUGGGUAGGAGACGUAGCCAAUGUAUACAGCGUGUCAUAGAGUAUGUAUGGCAGUGUAUACAUUUGAAAUAUCGUAUACUACCAAUGUGAACUGGAGUUUGAGAUACGAAGCUUCGACUCGUGUUUCAGUUGAUAAAAUUGUGAGGAAAGAUGUUGAUUUGAACGACAACAACAAAAAACAACAACAACAACAACAGCAACAGUGACAAUAGUAAAAGUGAACUAAUAGAUAGGAAGUUUGUCAAAAGUAUGAUUCAUUUCAGAAAAGCUUCGUUUCGCAAAGUUGAAAGCUUCGAAAUGUGAACUUUGCACUCAUGAAAUGGUGAAAGAACCGCGGAUGAAAAAGAGAAAAUGUAAUUGAAGGGAGAUCAAUAAGAAUAAGUGAAUAGGUAAUGGAAAGAAUAAAGAAUGAGUUUUGGGUCAUACAGAUAAAAGAAGAAAAGACUGAAUGAAAGAAAGGAUGGAUAAAAGGAAAAGAUUAAUAAAAGACUGAUAAAAAAAAUGAUAAAAUAAGAAAAGAUUUAUAAAAGAAAAUAUUGAUAAGAGAUUGAUAAAAGAAAAGAUUAAUAAAAAAAUGAACGAGUUAAUUUUUUUUUAAGUACAGAUAAGAGAAGAAAAAAUAAAUUGGAAACAUAAAACCAUCCUUUUCGGAACUACUAAUAAACACUCCUGAACAAGAUAAAGAAAAAUAAAAGAAGGAAAAAAAAUGAGAAGAAGAAAAUGCAAAUAAAACUCAAGUGAACGAGGAAAAGUUAAAAAAAAAACGAAAAGAAGAAAAAAGAAAGACACGGAUGAAAGAAAGAAAGAAAAAAAAAAAAAACGAGAAAAAAAGAAAACAACAAUAACAUUUAAACUUAAAGAACGUUUUUAACACGAACGUUUUCAAGAGUCAGUUCACAUUACACUAUUUACUCACUCACUGCUCAUGGUCACUCAUCCUCACGCUCAUACUCACCCUCACACACCACUGACCUUUCAAUCACGCUCCCACGCUCAUUACAAUACCUUAGCACACACACACACACCUUAAUGACAAGUACACGCUCAUAUCUAGGGUGAAGUGAAGGUGGUUUUUAAAGGAUAGGGGUUCAGGGUGUGGUAAAGAAGGGUGUGAUAAUUUUAGGGUGAUUUUCAGGGUGUUUUCUGGUCUAGGGUGAAGUAAAAGAGAACUAAUAGCACUUAGGGUGUAUUUAAAGGGUGAUUUUGUUAUUUAGAGUGAAGGAAAGGAAGAAAUCAAACGCUAGGGUGAGAGAAUAGGGUGACGAUGGAAUGGGAAGAUAAAGAAAGG